AUGUUGCUCUUAGAAGCGGCUGCUGCUGCUACAGCUGCAGGAACGAUACGCGACCUAUUAGGGAUUACAUCCUCAAACGGUAAUGAAACGACAGCAGUCGAUAUUAUGAACAGCAAUAAACCAAAAUUAUCCUCAGUUCCUUCAACGUCUGCUACAGCUGAAAUAGUUGCUACAAGUACUCCAAACAUAUUUUUUAAUGAUGAUGAUGGUGAUGGAGCCAACAAAAAACAAGAUCAGCGCUUGGGGGAUCGAUCUUCACUCAAUGGCAGAGCAACAUCUGCUGGCGAAAAUGUCGUUAAUAUGCUGAAUUUGGGUGAUGCAAAGCGUCAACCGAAUAAAGCAGUGAAGUGCAAAAUCAGUGAUGUAAAAUUAAGCGUUAAAAGGCGAGCAAAUGAAGAGACCCUGAGCAAUGCAGCACGUGCAAUUACCAAGGAGGAAAAGAUCGAUUUGGAUGAACUGGAAAAUUUUGCCCAAACAUUCAAAAAACAGCGCAUUAAAUUUGGUAAGGUGUAUGACAUCAGUUUUAAUGAACUGUCUGCGGUAGGUUUCACGCAAGGUGAUGUCGGUCUUGCUCUUGGACGCCGUUAUGGGACUGACUUUUCGCAGACAACUAUAUCACGCUUCGAGGCGCUAAAUUUAUCCUUUAAAAACAUGUGCAAAUUACGGCCAUUGCUCAAAGAAUGGUUAGAGGAUGCGGAGGCGGCAUUGGCCAAUGGUGCAACAAUUAGUGAUCUUUUGGAUGCACCCUCUAAAGAGCCUACUCCACAAUAUCCGACAUCGGUGAUACAUUUACCACUGAAUAAUAACAAACAGAGUUCUAUAAUGAACAAUGUAUGCAGCGGUAAUAAAAUGCCAAGCGAUGAGUCGCCAUCACCAAAUGGAUCUAUUGUGUGCAGUUCAGGUGCUGGUGGUGGUGUUCCACUGAAAAAGCGUCGAAAGAGAACCAAUUUGGAUCUUGCACAACGUUCUGCACUGGAUGCUUAUUUUGACAUGAACCCACGCCCGGACCAUGAUAGGAUGGCGGAAAUUGCAGAACUGGUAGGGUUAGAUCGAGAUGUAGUUCGUGUAUGGUUCUGUAAUCGACGCCAGAAACUUCGUAAAGAAUAA